CUUGUACACUGCGCUUGCCUUGUUUAGAAGAACCGCCCCUCUUCUUUAAAGAACCUCCCACGUCGCCUUCCUCUCUCUCCUUCAUCGUCGUUAUAUAAGCGAAUACGUUCUGCUUCUCAAUCCCGUGUUCGAACGGAUCCGGAACUAUGUCUACUGCUGAUAAAACCCCGCCGCCACCAAAACAGUGGACUAUGAGGCCCGUCGAGGUGCGAUCUGUUUGGGCUGAUAAUCUCGAAUCUGAAUUCAAGCUGAUCCGAUCUUUAAUCGACAGUUACCCGCUGAUCUCAAUGGAUACGGAGUUUCCUGGCAUUGUAGUCCGACCCACUGCUGAUGAUCCAUAUAACAGGUGCCGUGAUCCUAAAGCCCAUUACCUGAACUUGAAGGGCAACGUCGAUAUGUUGAAUUUGAUCCAAGUCGGCCUUACAAUUGCAGAUCAAGAAGGCAGUCUGCCGGAUCUUGGUACGAAUAUUUGCUAUAUUUGGGAAUUCAAUUUUCGCGAUUUUGAUGUGUCGCGGGACGCACACGCGCACGACUCGGUCGAAAUGUUAAGAAGCCAAGGCAUCGAUUUUGAGAAGAAUCGGCAUUGCGGUGUGGACUCCGUGAAAUUCGCUGAACUAAUGAUGUCUUCGGGACUCGUCUUGAACGACUCAGUGAGUUGGGUAGCGUUUCACGGCGCUUAUGAUUUCGGCUACCUAGUCAAGUGCUUGACUCAGCGAGCCCUACCUGGGGAAUUAACGCAGUUUCUUGACAUAGUGAGGUUGUUUUUCGGAGAUAGGGUUUAUGAUGUGAAGCAUUUGAAUCGGUUCUGCGAUUUGUAUGGCGGGUUGGACCGAGUUGGGAAGGCACUGGGUGUGGAGCGGGUUAUAGGGAAGAAGCACCAGGCCGGGUCGGAUAGCUUGUUGACGCUCCACGCUUUUCAGAAGAUUAGAGAGAAUCACUUUAAGGAUAAAACAAUAGACAAGUACGCCAAUGUUUUGUAUGGUUUAGAGGUGUUUGCAUGAAUUUGAUUCCCUGUUGAUUGAUUGUAGAUUUCUCUUCUUUCUGUCGUAGAAAGUGGAUUCUUAUUGUACACAGUUUUAACAAAUAUUAAUAGUAGUCGUCUAUUAAAUUCUUUGAGUUA